GUCGGCAGAAGCGUGCAUAUGAUCAAACAAAUACACAGACACCAGCAUAUAUGACAGCCCAAAAGAAUGUAGCGAACCGAAGAGCUCGGGCAGCUGAUCUGAUUUCUCUUCCUGUGGUUGGGGCCGGUCCAAGUGCUGCUGCUUCCACUAAUUCGAUCAUCCAAAAUGCUACUUUUUACAAUAAUCCAAGCGGUGUUUUGAAUUAUCUAAAUUGGACACAACAUGGACUUGUAACUCCGGUCAGGUAUCAAGGGCAAUGCGGUACAUGCUGGGCUUUUGCCAGUGCAGCUGCUAUUGAAUCUCAAUACGUAUUAAAAACUGGCGUAUUGGUAUCACUUUCUCCACAAAAUCUUGUUGACUGUGCCCCAUAUUUAACUGCAAGUCAAAAUAAUAAAUGUAUUGGGAACACCUGCGAAUAUGGUUAUGAAUAUGUUUAUGCAAAUGGUAUUCAAACCGAGCAAUCGUAUCCAUACACAUCUGGUAAUGGAAAUGUUGGCUCGUGUUACUAUGAUCCCUCAAAAUCGGUUACAAAUGUCAACUACUACGCAUACCUUCCUGAAAAUGAUGAAAUGGCCAUGGUGAAAGCGAUUUUCAAUAUUGGCCCAAUCACAGCUGCUUUGUAUGCUGGAAAUUCGGGAUUUCAAUUUUAUCAAUCUGGUAUAUACCAUGAGCCUGAAUGCUCGGAACAAGUCAAUCAUGCUGUACUUAUUGUCGGCUAUGGCACAGAUCAAACUGCAGGCGACUACUAUAUAGUGAAAAAUAGUUAUGGAUUAAAUUGGGGAGAAUCAGGAUUUUUCAGAAUUUCACGCAAUCUAAAUAUGUGUGGUUGCGGAUCAUCGGCCAUGUAUACAACUAUUGCACACUAA